AUGAAGUGGUUCCGUCGAAAGAACGAGCAAUCUUGGGAGGUUGUCGGUUGCGAGUGUAUCGAUCCUGUAUCAAUGAUCGAUGAUGACAAUGAGCUUGAUAUCCUGCGUAUCAAAGAUACGGACACAUGCGGGACAUACAUCUUUGACCUCGGCAAGCGUUCGCCCCAAGGCUCUGAUUAUUGCAAAGCGGUGCUUUUCGCCAGACAACAGUUGUUUCAAGAGAUUGUGAAGAGCAGUUACAACAUGUUAGUGUUGGAAAGCUGGACGUUAACUCUUUAUCGCAAGGGAAAGUCGCAUCGCAUAGAGGUACAAUAUGCAGGGCGACCAGCAUAUGUGUCAGGUAAACUGCCAACAUUCCGCCCUCCACCAUUCAUGGCCGUCUUGGAGUCGCAGCAUCUUUUUUCGUAA